AUGGAAGCCAACAAACCGAGCAUAGAACAGGAUGAGAACACUGUAAAGGGUGAGACCGAAAGCGUCGUGAAUCCCACAGCUUCGAAUCCGACUCCGGUGGAAUGGGCUCAACACUUCACAAGCCAGGAUGAGGUCUGGCAUAAGGCCAUGGACAAGACCCUUUUGCGGCGAGUGGACCGGCGCCUCAUGCCAACUCUGGUAGUCAUGUACCUCCUCAACUUCCUCGACCGCUCCAAUCUCGCCCAGGCCCGCCAAGGCACUCUCGAAAGAGACUUGGGCAUGACGGGCACCGACUUCAACCUCGCAACGUCCAUCUUCUUCGUCGGCUACCUGCUCAUGCAGCUGCCCUCCAACCUCCUCCUGACCAAAGUCAAACCCUCCUUCUACCUGCCCAUGUCCUGCUGCCUCUGGGGCGUCGUCUCGACCUGCAACGCCGCCGCCGACAGCUUCACCCACCUCAUUGUCAUCCGCUUCUUCCUCGGCUUCGUCGAGGCCCCCUUCUUCCCCGGCGCCGUCUUCCUCAUGUCCUCGUGGUACACCCGCGCCGAGCUCACCCGCCGCAUCGCCUACCUCUACGCCGGCAACGCCCUCGCCAACAUGUUUGGCGGGCUCCUCGGCGCAGGGAUCCUGGGCGGGCUGGAAGGGGACCUAGGGAUCGCGGGGUGGAGGUGGCUAUUCAUCAUUGAAGGCGUAGUGGCCAUCGCAUUCUCCCUCGUCGCCAUGUUGAUCCUUCCGGACUAUCCUCACACGACAAAGUGGCUCUCGGAAGAGGAGCGCGCCUACGCCGCUUGGCGGCUCAUUGAGGACAUCCAGGAGGCCGACACGUACGGCGAGCAGGGCAUCCUCGACGGCGUCAAGAUGGCUGUGCGGGACUACCGCUUGUACAUCUUUGUGCUGAUGCAGCACGUCAGUCUCAUCUCGCAGACGUUCCAGUACUUCUUCCCGACCAUCGUCGGGACACUGGGAUACGGCAAGAUUACGACGCUUUGGCUGACUGCUCCCGCGUGGCUUACGCUUUCGUCACAGGCCGCGACGUUUCUCAUCUCACUCUGCGUCACUUGGUCUUCCGCCAAGACUAAAGACCGCUCUCUUCACAUCGUGUGUCUCACGCUCGUCUCCGCGGUCGGCAACGCCAUCGCCACCGGCUCGAGCAACGUCGGCGCCCGCUACUUCGCCAUGUUCCUCAUGCCAAUGGGCGCCAUCUCCGCAUAUCAAAUCAUCGUAUCCUGGGUAGCAAACUCCUUCCCCCGACCUCUCGUCAAGCGAUCAGCAUGUAUCGCCAUUGCCAACAUGAUUGGUAACACGGCAACAAUCUACGGAUCUUAUAUGUACCCCAGUAGCACAGGACCGCAAUACAUCCCAGGAGGCAGCGCCAACACGGCAAUCUGCGUCCUCGUCGCCAUCCUCGCGCUCAUCCUCCGCUACGUGCACAAGUGGGAGAACAAGAAGCUGGAAAAGGCAGAGCUUGAUGUGGCGGUGCUGGCCGAGGGAGGCGGCGAAAAGGCGCCCGUGGACCUGACGCAGGAGAAGAGGGCCGCCGGGUUCAGGUACAUCUACUAA